AUGAACUCUGCCAUCCCCUUGAACGACUUGACACCUGCUAGGUGCAGCUUUGAGGGGCAAUUAUCGAGAUCUAACACCAGAGCUGCCCAGCGCCAGGAUGAUGGGGAAGGAAAUGAGCAGCGGAGAUCAACUUCUGAGUCUCCUGCGAUGGGAGGUGGAGGGCCAAUUCAGCGAAGGAGAUCUGGGCCUUCGAGCCUCGAAGCCAGAAUAGCGCGGACUCGCAACUCAACAUCGAGCAUCCACCCCUCGAGAACACGAACUACCACGCCACCGAUUCCUACGGUUCCUGGUGCUGCUCAUCAACCCAAUGAUCCUCAGUGUAGAACAACCGCCAGCCCGAACCUCCCAGAAGACGGAGGGCUCAUUGAUCGGCAACCGACACCAAUACCGCCACAAAUGUUGAAUGAAGGUAGAAGAGCAUUGCCAGCACGAUACCGCCACCAGCGCCAAUCUGCGACCCACGACGUUACUCCAGAAUGGCAGGCCGACAGCGACCCGUAUCGCUAUCAAACUCUAGCUCGCGUUCGGUCUAGCUCUUCGACGUCUGAACAGUUCCGAGACGGUAGACCGACUCCAGGAGUAAAUAGUCAAGCACCCGCCAUCCAGACUACCUUUGAAUAUAACCUCGUAACCAAGGAGUAUGAGGCAGUCACGACGGCAAACCAUGCAGUGAUUGAACGAGCAGCGCGGAAUGCAGAGAGACGGAAACAGCAGCUCCAGAACAUGGAAGAGAUGCAAAAUUUUAACAAUGCUCGUCGAGCUACGUCACCCAAUAACAUAGCCAGCACCAACAUGUCUUUUUCUCAACGCUCUCACUCGUCAUCAGUAAGCGCCUCCGUACGGAGAGUUCAUUUCGACGACCAGGACAAUCAGGAGCAGCAAUCCUACAGACCCCAACGUCACCCAGCUUUUGAAGGCCGGUCUGUCAUGCGGGAAGGGAUGCUAAUACCUAGGCCUUACGAUCCUGACAAUGAAGAGCCUCUUGACGCAGAGCUCUACGAUGAUGCAGAGCACCCCAUUAUUCAGCCCGAAAGUGAUCUUAUGUCACCACCUGGCACCUCUCAAGAGCCACCAACUGCUUACACACGGUCCAAAGGUAAACAGCCCGCAAUCCCUCAAAUUUGGCUUGAUACUCCGAACCGCGACGCCAUACCUCCCAACGCGCCAGUCCCUCAUAACUCCUCAGAAGGGUCGCAUCGUCAACGAGCGCCCAGUCCACAUCCCCACUCUAUUCUCCGUCGACCACACCGCCAGCGCAUCGAUCAUAUUCCAUGUUAUAAACGGGCAUACCGAGCCAUCCGCGAACAACCAGAAAUCCACCCCGAUGACCUCGAUCCGCCCAUUCCAUGGUACAAGCGUGCCUACCGCGCUAUCCGCGAACAACCACAGGAGCAUGGUCCAAACAUCACCGGAGCAGCCUUCAUCAUGCAGCUCGAGCACGACAUUGCUCCCACGAAUUGGGCUCUCCAUAUCUUCCAAUUCAUUUCUUGGCUCACGUUCAUAGUGCUAUUCCACUUUUGGACAACCAAGAGCAACAAGAAAGUGGCAGUAGACUGCUUCGAGCUGAAAACAAUGAUGUAUGCUCUCGCACUAAACCCCGGAUCCAAAUCUUUGAACAGCCCCGGCAACUUCAACAACAGAAGCUUGUCAAUCCCAUCUAGCGUUGAAAUCCCUGCGAAAUUCUUCAAGAAUGGUAGAUUGGACUCUUCAGUCUGCGUACUCUCUCCUCUUGAUAAAAGGCUCACUCUAUUCGACAAAUUCCAUGGCCAGUUUAUUAUCGGCAUGGGAACGGCUGUAGCAAAAUUGCACUCUCCUUCUAAUUCGCCUCCUGAUUCUACGUUUGUAGUAAGCUGGCUAUUGUCUUCUGCAGUAAAUUUCGAAGACUAA